UCAUGCGAGCUGUUGUGCUUCUCCUCUUGGUGGCCUCGGCCUAUGCCAAGGUGUAUGAACGCUGUGAGCUGGCUAGGACACUCCAGGCUAAUGGAAUGGAUGGCUACUGGGGAGUUAGUCUUGCCAACUGGAUGUGCCUUGCCUAUUGGGAGUCUGGAUACAAUACUGGUGCCACCCACCACGACACGGAUGGAUCAACUGACUACGGAAUCUUCCAGAUCAACAGCCGCUGGUGGUGCAGCGAUGGUCGCUCAAUAUCCUCAGAUGCCUGUGGAAUCAGCUGCUCAGAGCUAAUGAGCCCCAAUCUGAGUGCGGCCAUUACAUGUGCCAAGCGUGUCGUGAGAGACCCCAACGGCGUCAGUGCCUGGGUGGGCUGGCGUCUUCACUGUGAGGGACGGGACUUGAGCUCAUAUGUGGCUGGCUGUGGGGUCUGAACAGCAUCUUGUAAUUGGAGAAUGUUUGAAUAUUCAUUAAAGCCAAUAAAGAUUCUGAAUGUGAAC